GCCUGGAUCAUGACCUGCGACUACCGGGGCAAGUGGGUGCAGUCGUCCAACUGUGGCGCUUUAAAGUGCCUCGCGCUUUCCAACGGUGCCGCGCAUUGCUGGAACCCAGGACCAGAGUGGGAUACGGCGCUUGGGGCUCGCGAUGACUCAUCCGAGGUUCCAUCGGAUGCCGCUCCAUCUCAGUCCUGUGAGCCUGGAACAUACGAUUGCACCUGGAACUCUAACACGGGCACAAGUUGGGUAAUCACUUGUUCUUCGUCUGGAGUCUGGCUGUGGUCAUCCGACUGUGGUAAGGGACAGACCUGUCAUCGAGCAGAUGACGGGAAAUCUGCCCACUGUAGUCAGGGUCCGAAGUUUACCCUUAGAGCUGCAGCUUCAGCAGAGGCUUGAGUGGAUUCUCAGAGAGUAGAAGGAUGUGAGGGUGAGAGCGAACGGUGUUAGCGGCCUCACGGGUACGCCUACUCCCCAAAAAGCAUGCAAGGCGCAGAUGGCAGUCGUCAGUAGGACUUUAACCACUCUUCAUGACGUCGUUUCUAUAAGUCAUAAUGAACGAGACAUUUCAGAUAUCUUGCUCCUUCUCUUGUGUUGCAUCGUGAUGUCUGAUCCAGCUGUGACUGAUCUAUGCGAGAUCCCACCCCAACCAAGUAAAACAAUGAAGACCAUGGAGCCUACAUCACCACAAAGUCGUCCAGUUUGCUUGAUUUAUCCUAGUGUAGUCUGCAGACCUGUUCAG